CAGGAGCCGGGCCGGAGUGACGCCGCCGCCGACUGCGCCGCCGCGUCGGACGCGUCGGCGGCGGGCCGUCGGUCCGGCGCGCGGCACCGACAGUCGCCGCCGCGCCCGUCCGCCCGCCGCACGGACGUCGUCGCCGUCGUCACCGACACCGUCACCGCCGCCCAGGACACAGGGCACUGGACCACCGUCACGGUCAGGUGGUGAUGCUCCGGUGAUCGCCCGGCUCGGCCCACCCGUCCCGUCCGCCGCGCGUGCAGUCAUGGACUCCGCCCGCCGGCCGGUCCGCCAGCCAUCUGCCAUCCUUCUGCUCGUGCUGCCGCCGCUGCUGCUGCUGCUGCUGGCCGGACCUCAUCCGGCACUCGCCCGCGCCAGCUGCCCCAGCGGCCGCCUCAUCGAGCCCUGCACGUGCAAGACCAAAUCGAAAGCUAAUUGCGCACCUCACCUCGGCGGAGACGGCACACCGCUGACAUGUCUGGACAUCGUGUGCGAGGCGGCCAACGCCGACACCCUCCACAAAGUCAUGGACCACAUCAAGGGGGUGCCCAACUCGGCGAUCCAGUACAUGAAGAUCCGCGACUGUGACCUGUCUCGGCUGCCCGACUACUUCUUCAUGAGCCUGAGCAUCAAGCACCUGUACAUCAUCCGCAGCCACCUGUCCGUCGUGGAGAACAACGCGCUCAGCUCGCUGGCAGAGUCGCUGGAGACGCUCGACUUCAGCUCCAACAACAUCAAAACGAUUCCGGAUCAGGCGUUCCGGCGCCUGAAGAAGGUCGAUGCGCUCUACCUGAACGGUAACCAGAUCGAGGAGAUCCCGGCGCGGGCGUUCGCCGGGCUGGCCAACAUGUCGCGGCUCAGCCUCUACUACAACAAAAUCAGCAAAGUGGACGACGACGCCUUCUACGGCCUGCCCAAUCUGCACACGCUGAACAUGGUCCAGAACCACCUGCGUUCGGUGCCGGCGCAGGCCAUCAAACCGCUGACGCGACUCGUCGCCCUCGACCUCUCCAUGAACAACAUCACCGAGAUCAAGAAAAACGACUUCUCAGGCCUGCACACCUUGGACUCGCUGAAACUGGAGCAUAAUCAGAUCAAGCAGCUGCCGCCGGGGGCCUUCUCCGAACUGCAGGAGCUGACCACAUUGAAAAUGGAGAGCAACCAGAUCACCUACAUCGAUGAGAAGGCCUUCGAGGGACUGGAACAGUCUCUCGAGUGGCUCUCUCUCGGCAACAACCGGGUGUUCGCGAUACCCAAGCAGGCACUGCGCGGCCUCCACCGCCUCAAGGAGCUCGACCUGAAGAACAACAACAUCUCCAUCAUCCCAGAGGAUGCCUUCGAGGCCUACGGACAGACGCUCAAGUUCCUCCGGCUGCAGCACAACCACAUCAAGGACAUCCCGCAAGGCACCUUCCUGCAGAUGCACUCACUGGAGUGGCUGCAGCUCAGUCACAACCAGAUCACCACCCUGCCGCUGGAGACCGUCGAGAGCAUGCUCAACACGCUCGAAGUCAUCGACCUUUACGAGAACCCGCUCAUCUGCAACUGCGACAUGGUCUGGUUCAAGGAGUGGAUCACCAACCACUCGGAGAAGGAGGAGUUCCAGUCGCUGCACCACGACCCACACUGCAGAAAGUACGACAGCCGGCACAUCGUCAGCGUCAAGAAGCUACCGCGCAGCGAAUUCAACUGUCCGACUGGCGGCCAGCCGCCGGCCGCAGCGGCCAGCUGCUGGCUGCAGCUGCUGCUGCUGACCGGCUCGGCAGCUGCGCGGCAGUAGCGAGCCCACCAGCUGUGAGCGUCUCGUUGGUAGGUGGGUCUUGCCACGGUCAAGGUCUGCCAGUGUAGGACGUGGACGUGGACGUAUGGUGUGACUGUCGAGUGACGCGAUCGCGCGGGUCUCCGCCGUCCCGAGUUCCGGAAGGGUGGUGCUCGUUCAUCUGCACUCCCGCGAUCCCAGUAACGGCCAGUCCACGGUCCCACGACCCACCCGCCCAAAUCCAGUCCGUGGCCAUCCAGACGGCCACCUUGACCGCCAUUCCCCGCACCAGUCCUGCACGACAGGCGGCACUGUGUUGAGUUUCAGGGCUGUUUGUUGCGACUGUAGACCCGUUCGUCUCACUUCCUGUCAGUAAUGUCAGAAAAUAGCGGCCCGCCACCGCGGUCAGGGACGUCAGAGGGUUACCUACAGCCCAGCCCCGUGCUCUCAGAGCAGGCCGGCAGCCAAUGGUCAGUGCCGCCGAAGAAAUACCCCUAAUGAUACAGACACUGAAAGGUUCAGCCAUUUGUUUCGCCCUAAGGAGAACGGAUAGUCUCAGAAGCAAUAUCCAUCAAAAGAAAUGGCCUCAGAAGAAGGAUCUGUGCGAUUGUUGGAAAGAAACUGUUUAUCACGAAAUCCCCAAUGUUGCUUGUGAGAAAUCAUUUAUCUUCAAAUAAGACUUAAUGCAGCUGGGUCAAUUCCAUUUUAUCACGCACGACUUUAUCCUAAAAUGUAUGUAUAUAAAAUUCGUGUAUUGAAUGCAAUAGGAUCUGUUCGAUGUCCCGACAUUUGUCGUUAACUGGCAUCGGCUUUCCUGCCCGAAAGCCAUGCUUAAUUCUCCACUAAUAUUCGCUUACGGCCUAACUGGUUCAGCUUUAUGACAGAUUACCCAAUAUCCAUAACAUUAACCCCUGGGUGUUAGUCACCUUUUGGGCGUCGUAAUUAUCCACAGUUCGUCUCAAAUUCGGCACGAAUCUGUCGCGAGACUAGAGUUUAUGUCGAGCAGUGGGAUACAAAUUGGUACCCGGCACUCUUCUUUCUCAAAUGCAGAGUGUGAGCUAGCUGCCCGUGUGCUAGCUAAGAGGCGAGCUAGGCUAAGUUGGGGCAAAAUGAGCUAACGUGAGCCGAGUUGGGCCGACCGGACCAAGACGAGGCGCUCUCGCCCCGUCACUGCCGUGGUUCGGCACUACGAGAGAGAGAGAGAGAGAGAGAGAGAGAGAGAGAGAGAGAGAGAGAGAGAGAGAGAGAAAGAGAGAUAGAGAGAGGAGAGGGAGAGGGAGAGAGUGAGAGAGAGAGAGAGAGUGAGAGUGAGAGUGAAAGGGAGAGGGAGAGAGAGGGAGAGAGGGAAAGAGAGAGGAGAGAGAAGAUAGCAGGAAUGAGAGAGAGUGAAAGAAGAAAAUGAAAGGGAGAAUGCAUGAGGAGAUGAAAAUGAGAUUUUCAUAAAAGUCCGUUAGAACACAGGCAUGUCGAUUGUUCAAGGUUUGUCCAAUGCUAUAUGUGCGUGCAGCAUGCAAAGGCCCAGCGUCAUAAAACAGGAUAUAUAUACAGAAUACAUUCCUGGUGUCCGAGUCAGACAUUCCCAACAAUUUCAUUUUAUGAUAUAAUGAGCAACGUUUCUCCGAAGUGAUCAUAAGGAUACCUACCAUUCACUUCCCUCUAAACAGCAUCUUUGAACAAGUAGGCAAUCAGUGCAGCAACUGUGUUCUAAAAAAUAUCCGUUUGAUGACGCUGAUUGCCCUGGUGUGCCACUGACUGUGAAUGUCUGCUGCGUUGGCUCUAUUGCACUUAGUUUGCGACGCGCAAGCAUACGCUCAACGCGGCCAGAAGCGUCGCGCGGAGGCGGAAGGGAGGCGUGUGUGUUGGGUUCGAUUCCCACCGAACGCCAAUGUUUGUCCCGCGUGGUCGAGAGCCCGCUCCAGGCCACCGGCGUGGCCCAGCGGGGCUGCAACGUGUCGCCGUACCACGGCCGCCGCCACUGCGCAGCGCCUGCCGCGCAACUUUGUUGUGAUUUGCGAUGUGUUACCGCUCGUCCGGUACAAAGAUCAUAUCAUUGGUGGCCUCCGCGCGCCGGCCGCGGCGGCCGCCGCCGCCGGCGUUUCCGUUCCGAGCCGACGGCAGUCGUCCGGCACUGCCCGCGGCCCGUUAGCGCCUCGUUAGCUCCGUGAGCGUCGCUGUUAGUGAGCUAUGAAUGUCGUGUUUUUCCUCUGCCUCUCUAGCUCCUCUCUACUGGUCUGGCGCCGGCUGGUCGGUCGACCAUCGCCCGCCGCUCGUGGACGCUGGUGACCCCUCGGCCGGGUCGGUAUCCCCUCUGAAUCCGUGCGGUCACGGGGAGGAGCUGUCGGCCGGAGGAGCCGCGAGCCACCGCGGCGGGCGGCGGCCCGAUCCCGCGCACCGCCGCUGCGUGUGUUUUGAUAUAUAUUGGUCUGUGGUGACUUUGUCUUCAUCUCCGUUAUGACCAAUGGUGCGGUCCUGGCACUGAGCCAAGUAUUUUUCUACAAAGUGGGGCGGCUAUCGAGGAAGGACCACAUCAUUGUCGUGCAUACGGCUCGCUAUAUACCUCUCAACCAUCGCUAAUACACUAUGAUAUAUA